GUCAUCCGCCACUUACUACUGAGUCCGGGAGUCCAAUUCCUUCAUAGUUCAUACGGAGCAAGGAAUUUCUACCUAUUCGGUUUCCGCCGCUUUCCGAGCUCUCCGCGCCGUCGUCGGCGUCGACUUCGAUGUCGGACGCUCUCAUCAACGGCGUCUCCGGGGCUGGCGGCGGGAUCAUCGCUCAGCUCAUCACCUACCCGUUGCAAACUGUCAAUACUCGUCAGCAAACGGAGCGCGAUCUGUCCAAGUCCAUAAACAGAGAUGGAACUCUUAAGCAGAUGUUCCAGGUGGUGAAGCAGGAGGGAUGGGGGCGGCUCUACGGAGGGCUGACGCCGUCACUAGUAGGCACUGCAGCAUCUCAGGGUGUGUAUUACUAUUUCUAUCAAAUAUUUAGAGACAGAGCAGAACUAGUCUCUCUUGCUCGCCAAAGGAAAGGUAUAGGAGAUGGAUCUCUUGGAAUGCUCCAAUCACUUGUUGUUGCUUCUCUAGCUGGAUCAGUGAAUGUAUUAUUGACAAAUCCAAUAUGGGUAAUAGUUACUCGCAUGCAGACUUUUAAGAAAAACAAGAAAGCACUACAAAAACAUGAUCUGCGAACAGUUACUACUGAAGUUCAAAAUGUUGCUGCUGAGCCUCUCCGCUAUGGAAUUCUUGAUGUAAUCAAAGAACUAUAUGAUGAAGCAGGCUUACUAGGCUUCUGGAAAGGAGUAUUUCCAACACUCAUAAUGGUCUGCAAUCCUGCAAUUCAGUUCAUGUUGUAUGAAUCCAUGUUGAAGAAACUAAAGAAAAAUCGUGCCUCCAACAUGAAAGGUGCUGAAGGGUUAACUGCAAUUGAGAUAUUCCUUUUUGGAGCUGUUGCCAAGCUUGGAGCCACCGUGGCAACAUAUCCCCUUCUUGUUGUCAAGUCAAGGCUUCAAGCAAAGCAAGGUCUUCAUAUAGAUAAGAGGCAUCGCUACCGAGGUACUUGGGAUGCGAUAACCAAGAUGAUCAGAUACGAAGGUCUCUUUCAAUUUUACAAAGGAAUGGGUACAAAGAUUGUCCAAAGUGUUUUUGCUGCUGCAGUCCUCUUCAUGAUCAAGGAGGAACUAGUGAAGAUGGCUAGAUUGCUGUUGACCCGUGAUCUCACACGUAAAAAUAGUUCAAGAUUGGAACCAUCUCGGCCAUAACUGGUUCUAAUUCUUUUCCCUUCCUGAUUUUACUAUCCUUAGAAGCAUAUAAUAGUUUCCACUUCUUGCCAUUCCUGAAAGCUUACUUUUCAGCCUAUUUAUCAAUGUUUUAUACUUGAAAAACAAUAAUUGUUAUCAUCACUGUCUUCAAUAUUCAUAUAAAACAAUUGGAAAUUAUCCAAGUUGCAAGUCUCAUCAACUUAGCCAAGUCAGGCAUGUAAUCGAUCUGUAACAACUUCAUAUGGAUACUUCUAGUUUUAUAGAAAAAGAAUGGCAAAAAAGUGUAGCGUAGAGAUUAAAUGUA